CGCUGUUUGCCGGACUAUUACCACAGAAACAGCUGAGUUUUCCUAAUCUCGCUUUCACCUGUCUCUCCAUGUCGGCUCGUCGUCAGUACUCUGACAAACACACGCUUCCAGCGAACCCCACUUACAGAACUAUCGACUACUCAGACGGAAAGGAGGAACUUUGGCCGCUCAAUACAACAGAAAUCGUGGACCGGGAUGGACAUGUCAAUUUCAUGCAGCCAAUUGAACUGGACAACUCAAUUGCAAUCCGGUGGCGGGUUUCUUUGGGUGCAUCUAUGGCGAAUGCGAUGAAUUGGCCUGCGGGUCCUUCCUACGUUUUGCUCGACUGGCCGGCAGGUUAUCGCAUGUAUGAUCACCACAAAGGACCUCGAGGCUCACCAAGACAUGAUAUAUACCUCUUUGGCGGCCCAAGCCGUUUUCGCUCCAUUGCUGAAUUUGUUCCUCAUGCCAUUUGGCUUGCGGGCAACAUGUCGACCAACUGCGGGUGCAAAUACUGCACCAAGAAACCGCAGCGUGAAAUCACUACCGACAUAAGCAAAGCUGGCAUAUUCACUCCUAUUCACCGCGCUCCCGGGCCGCAUCGUUCACGUCAGCUGCAAAAACAGAGUGCUCUUCGAAAAGUCGGGUUUCAUGCAUCAGUUCAAAAGACUGCAAAGUUGAAGCAGUCUCGCCACAUCACCAAAAUCGCGAUGGUCGUAGAGCGAGAUCAAGAUCUCCGGGCCAUAUAUUGUCAUGACGCCCAUAAGAUGCGACUGAAACGAUGGUACAGGGAAGGGGAAGUUGUCUGGGUAGCGCUGGACAAUCCGAUCUCAUUUCCGGAUGGUACAGACGACAUUACGCUUUGGCCUGCGAUCAUCGAGGAGGUUAAACUUCAGAAAAUCGUUACGGAGCUGAAGAACGGGACGAACUCGGUAUCUUUACCUCCGGUAGAAAUGGGCGAACCCAGCGAACAAUCCGAAUCCGUCGUUCAGCCCGUGCGCGUGCCUCCGUGGGAGGUGAGAGAGACGUAUGCAUACAAGGUCAAAUUCUUAGCCGUCUCGCGCGUAUAUACUGUUCCCGACAGUCAAGUUCUCCCAUACCGAGCCUAUCUUCCUCCGAGCAAUAUAAUCUCGUUUAUACAAUCCCUUUCGCCAGACGCAUUCAAUUUCGAUCAAGAGUCCUUACAAAACUGCAAUCCACAGAGCUUACCACCUCCUUCUUGGCCGUUCGUCGUGUCAGCGUACGCCUACGCACUCCAGAUAGGGGAUUCAUUGGCCAUGUUCUGGAAUAUGACUGACGAGUGGCAACUCAAGUUCACACCGCAAGACCCAGCCAAACAACCACAGCAAUUUCAAUCCUCCCUCACUGAUGCAAUUAUGGCUGCAAGUAGUCAGAAUGCUGCAGCAUUGCACCAGGCGGGGUCUUCGUCAAUAUCUGCUCCACCGCCAUCCUCAGGUUUCUACUCCACCCUCAACUCGUCCGGUUACCGUGACGGGCUCUCAACCCAGGAACUACAAUCUGUGACCGAAGGGAUGCUCGGUCCGUCUCCAGUGAUAGGACAGACCAUCGAACAGAUGAAUUUCCAAGGCAUGUGGUGGGGCGCUGAGCGUAUCUGGGUGGACGAGAUUGUACGACUGAAGCCGCUCCGGGCUGUCUUGGCACCAGAAGGUACCCAGCACAUCCUCCCUCCCGCUGGUCCCGGGAAAGCACAAAUGGAGCGAUGUCACAGGCAAGGCCGAUCGCCCAAGGAGUACGGAGCGGGGGCAAGGGGGUUGUUUAUGAAGCUGGAGAGAUUGUUUUUGGUCGAAGGAAUUUCUGGGGGGCAAAAGACGAAAGAAUGCCGUGCAAGUGGUGUGCUAUAUGAGCUUGCUGAUAAGGACUGGGAGGAUCCUAACAGGGUGACAGAAAAUGCUCCCGCGACUAGUGAAACUCCGGAAGGGUACUACUUUCGACCCAUCCUCACGGAUGGAUACGAAAUGACGAUAUCGCUCACCAUGAUCAGCGGGAGGUAUUAUCCCGGGAUCCUUUCGCAUCACCUUUUGCAAGAUAUUGUUCGUGAAGCUAUAGCGAGUGAGAACAGCACGAGUCGGGAGAACAAAAGACGACACCACCGGCAGGAACAAGCAUUUAUCGAUAGGAUGCAGAUGAUUAGGGAUGCAGAUCGACUUAGUAGGGAGAUCCUAACCAAUUAUCUCGGAAAAGUAAAUAGGCAGCCGGAGGUGGAUGAGCUGAUGGAUACGAAUGGUACUUGAUUGAAUUUUGUUGUACUGAUAAUAAUUAGCGUAUGUAUAUAACGAGUAGUGUAGAUUUCGACAAUCUCGACGGAAGUCACCAAAGGUGUACAUGAUUGGUGCCGACGGCUGGGGUGAUUUCUCUCAUCUGUGUGUGACCAAUGGCCU